AUGGACAUAAGACAUGAGCCACCUAGCCAACUCUCUCUCUCACCUUACACACAAUACAUAGCAAAAGUCGAAAGGACAAUAACCGAACUGGAACCUCUGCUAGAGGUGCUAUUCCCAGCCGACAAAACAACGACCAAUGAACCUGCAGUCAAGAAACCUGCCGCCACAAAAUCUACAGCGCCGAAGAAGAAAGCGGCAUUGAAAGAUAUCACCAACGUCCUUAAGCGAAAGCAUGAGGAGGAAGACUCCGAUUCGGAGAGAACGUACGAGAGUAUGACUAGCAAACGAGUCGAGGCCACUGCGGCAUCUUCGCGGCCACGCCGUCGGUAA